CUGAAACCACGCUCUUUGUUUUGUUUAUGGAAUGCAAAAAUGCACUUUCGGAAGUGCAUUCGGCCAUAGAAUAAAUUGCAAUUUACGAAUCACCUUUUACUCGGCGGAACAUGCCUCUUUGUAAUAAUUUAUGCCGGUGGGUUCUGCUCACCCUUCUGCCUACCGCAGUCCUUAGUUUGGACAGAGCAGGAGGUGUGAUUCAGCCCUGUCCUAGACCAGCAAAAUGUCAGCCCCUGAACACUACACUAUGUAUGGGAGCCCAGUUAAAAUAUUCAUCUACAACAUUGGAUCUAAUUGAUUCAGAAAUGACUCAAGAAAUAGCUCAGGAGCAUCUAGAAAAAUGGAGAGGGCUUAUCAGUCUACCCAAGUGUUGGAGUGUUGUUCAGCCCUUUCUGUGUUCAUUGUACAUGCCUAAAUGUGAAAAUGGAACUGUUUUUUUGCCAUCUGUGGAAAUGUGCAAAAGUGUAACCAGUGCGUGUCGGAUUCUAGCUGAGUUCGAUUUGUGGCCCUCUUAUUUUAGGUGUGACGAUAAUUCUACCUUUGGAACGAAAUGCAAGAAUGAUGUGCUUGAAUUAAAAUUCAACACAACUGGUCAAUGUAAAGCUCCCCUAGUCCCAGUUGAUCAACACAGCUCAUACUACGAUGGAGUAGAAGGCUGCGGUGUGCCGUGUGAUGAGCCGAUGCUCACACCUGAAGAGUUGAGCCAGGUUCGUCAGUGGGCAACAGUUGGUGCCAUCAUAUCGGGCCUCUUUAAUGGCUUCACUGUGAUCACAUUUUUACUGGAUUGGAAAUCAUCAAAUAAAUACCCUGCGUUGGUGGUGUUCUACAUUAAUCUUUGUUUUUUGAUAGUCUGCAUGGGCUGGUUGUACCCUGUCCUUUUCAAUUCUCAGAAGGACAUAAUUUGUCGCAAAGACAAAACUCUCAGGACCUCCGAGCCAAGUGUUGGAGAAAAUCUCUCUUGUAUAGUCAAUUUUGUCCUUGUAUAUUACUUCCUGAUCGCAAGUAUUGUAUGGUUUGUCAUCCAGACUUAUGCUUGGCAUAUAACUUUCCAAGCUCUUGGAAAAAUUCAAUCGAAGAUUGAUAAGCAAGGGGCUUAUUUUCAUUUGGCAGCAUGGUCCCUGCCACUCGUUCUGACCAUCACCGUCAUGGCUCUGAGUAAAGUAGAUGCAAGCAGUGUUUUUGGUAUCUGUUUUGUGGGCGGGCAAAAUCCUAUCGUAAGAACUGUUUUUCUUUUGGUUCCUUUAGCUGUCGCCCUACUCAUCGGUGGAUUUUACUUGGGUGAAGCACUCCUGACAUUGAUUCGAUUAAUAAGAGGUAGCAAAGAAAUAAUCUGUGAGAGAGCCACUCGGAAGAUUCGUGAUGUGAUCGUGAAAAUGUUGAUCUUCAUGAUUUUCAUCAUUUUGUUGGUGUCAAUAACAUUGAUCUGUCAUAUGUAUCAGUUCGAACACGUGGAAUCUUGGAAACUAAGCUUUCGUCAAUAUAUCGUAUGUCAGCUUGGAAUAUCUUUUGACAGUUAUGUAUUGGAAGAAAAAUGUCGCAUGAAGGAGCACCCGAGCGUUUUCAUAUUGCAGUUACAGGUCCUAGCCCUGUUUUCUACCGGUGUUCUAAUGUCCAUGUGGGUUUGGAAUAAAUCGUCAUUUGUCACGUGGGAGCGUUUUUUCUCAAAGCGAAAAGAAGAGAAAGAAGUGAAAGUACAGAAGCAUAAAAUUAUUGCCACAGCAUAUGCAAAAAGGAAGUCAAUAAAUAGUGGCGAUGGAAGAUUCUCCAUAACGUUUCCAAGUUCACGACAGGAUCCAGUCGGAUUUGAUUUUGAACUAGAUAGUGUUGGUACUAAAGGCGACCUAAGCUCCACAUGGGCUGCAGCUCUCCCAAAAUUUGUAUUGAGACGCGGCGCUCUCACAGGGGUUGGCGGAGGAAGCAGCUCUUCACAGCGGAGGAACUCGUUUGGCUCUGAAGUGAGCUACUCCGUCCGGAGAGUGUCUGUUGAGUCUAGAAGGCACUCGCUCGAUUCAACCGUUUCUGUGCAAGCUGUUGAACUCACUGGAGUUGUUCGCAACACAAAAAGACACAUGAGACACAAGAAGAAUCGUCCAAGAGAGAGUAGCGCUCAAAUGCAUGUAUCUCAAGAAAGCACCCUAGGGGCUCAAAUUUUGUCUGCUCUCUCAAUGGGAACCGAAAUGCCCGAAUCUGCCCCCAAUCUGAAAAGAAGAACUGCAAAUGCUGGUCUGGAUAGUUCACUUGAUGCUUUCGCCGGGAAACUACUAAGUCAGCUCAAUUCGCCCGAAUUCAAUUCUUCAGGCAUUACCUCAGAUCUCAGUGAGUCGAGCACCACUGAUCAUUUUUACUAGGGGUCUGCGAAGCGGCGAUUUUCAAAGCGAAGCGAAGCCGCAAUGUGCGUAGCAACUGCGAAGCGGACAAAAAAAAACCCUUCAAAUACGCUGGAUGCAACCUGCGGAAAUUCGUUGCGGUUACUCCACAAUCGAACCUUGCUUGGUCUGAUUUCGUAAAGGAACCGCUCAAUUAAAAAAGGGGGUAACAUAAGAAAUUCAAGUUUCCAGAAUAGAAAAACAAGAAAGUCUACUUGUUUGACAGACCUUCAUAUUCCGGAACACUAAGAUUAAUCAAUGUCCCAAAGACUGACUGUAAUAAAACUAUAGUUGCUCAAGCAGGAUUGGAGAAAUUCUGUAUUAUUCUAAUAUUCUGUAUUCUGUAUUAUUACAGUCAGGAAGAAUCCGUUUUCACUGAUAUCAGUAAAUACUAUGGAUCAAUGCUAACUCAUUUUGCCUGACAUUCGAAAGGGCACUCUAAUAAAAGGGGUGAAGAACUCUCUAUUUCCAUUUUCCACCCGAGUAGAAGGGAAAAAUUUGUGUGAAAUAGCUUGAUAUCCUAUGUGUAUCCUUCAAGGAUUGUAAUUUGUCGGAAACUUAUAUUAAAAAAAUUUGGCAGUCAUCUCCUCUCUCAAUUUGACGGUUAAAUUAUGUCCUUCUCUCUAGUGUAUAAGUCUGAUUACUUUAAGAUGUAAUUUUUAAGUGGUAGUUACUCAGAGUAUUGAUCAUACUCUACUAGAGGAUCAGCAAACUAUCUCAUGGCAUCAAGAUCUGCGAUGCAUUUAAGUGAUUAUUCUCAGGGAAUCUGCCUUCUAUGUCAAAGAUACUCAUGAUGAACUAAUGUGGAUGAAAAAUCCUCCUUCCUUUUUUUGAGAUAUUUUGAGCUUAAGCAGCAAGUAAAACCGUAAGACUGACAUUUUUUUGCGCCACAAUCAAGACUGCGUAUCACCUAGCAAAGUAACAAGCGUAGAAUCAAAGUUUUUCCUGUCGAACCUUAAAAGGUUAUUUUUUUUUAAAAAAACUCUUUAUUUAGUGAGUUACUAAUUGCGUCCAGAAUUUUCUUCUGCUUUUAGAAAAUUACCAGAAGUAGCUCCUUGGUGAUGUUCAAUACGUUCCUAAUUACGGAAAAGUUGUAAAGCUAAAUCCUGUUUCUUUGUGAAAUACACAAAAGCUUAGGCACCCAUUUCAUGGAGGUGGUUUGUUUUAAGUGGAUCUUGCCCAGUUUGGAAAACAAUCCGAUGGUCUAUUGAUCUGAGUAAUAAUACUUGGAUUUUAGGACAUUUCUCCAAAAAUCUCCAAGCAUCACAUCACGCUGCAGUCAGUCAGGUAUUAGCACAUAAAAUUUGAAGGAGACACUUUGAGGUAUCUCUGAAAGUGUAUCCUGAGUAAAUAUCGCAAAUUGUUUUGCCUUUGGAUUUGCGACAUCCACUCAGAACAUCCUUCUAAAGUUAUUUCAAAGUGUUUCUUGUUCAAAUUUUGUGGAUAAGUACCUGACUACAGUGUGAUGUGAUGCUUGGAGAUUCUUGGAGGAAUGUUCUAAUAUCCAGAAAUUUUUAAUCGAUUGAGCAAUUAUUUAAGACUUCUGAAGAUCCGCCCCAUAUUAGCAAUCUAUUUUUGGAUAUUCAAAUCAGGCUGAAAAGAUUUUUAUCACUGAAUCAUUGAUGUAAGCAUUGUUUUGAUAGACUUUUUAAUGUGCCAAAGACUCUAUUCGAGCUGCCAGAGAAAAUGCUAAAAAUGUAGCAAAUUUGAAACAAAAAAAAAUGACAAGUGUUCUAUCUUUGAUAUUUGGACUUUUAACUUUCUAGUUUGUAUCAAAAAAUUAAGAAUCUCUAAGCAAAGCAUCCAUCUUCAUUUAUCAUCGGGGAAGAAAUCUUACUUUUUGUCUAUCAGACUUUUCCUAUUGUAUUUUGCUGAAAGCAAGUAAGUGCCUCCCAAACUUCCUGUGAUUAUUGUUUUAAAAAAGACUUUAGUUUUACCUUCUUUUGUAAGAUUUUUGUGCAAUUUUGUAAAUAUAUUUUUAAUAAUUUGUAUGGGGUCAUCCCUAAAUAUUCACGAUAUAUUCACGGUUUUUUGUAAUGCUCUGUAAAGCAGUGUCGGCUCCCUUUAAAAGUUACAUUGUGCUGAUCCAGACCAACUCCUCCAAAGUAUAAGAUAUGACACAUUUCCCCCUGUCAUUUAUUUUAAGUAUGGAGGUGUCUUUCAGUUUACAUUUCCUUAUGCCCAAAGAGGUCCAAACUUCAGCAUUUAAAGGAGAAGUAUUUUUGCCUCCAAAAUCUUCUUUUGAUUUUGGAUUCUUCAAGACGCACAAAGAGAAAAACACUCAAAAACCUGGGAAAGAUUACUCAGAACUUUUACGUAAUGCUUCCUUCAAUACCGUCCACCCUCUUUUGGAGAGUCAGGUAUAUUAGGGAUGAUCCCAGUGUUUAUUGUUAGCUGUAUAUACGAGCGCAUUGAUCAUUAGUGCAGCUCAAGGUGGCAAAGUUUCAUGGUUAAUCAUGAAACAUCUCUGAUUUUUUCAGAAAUAUUUAAAUGAACCUGAUAAAUACUCCUAAAAUUGUAGAUUCUCAAGUUCAGACUGUUAAACUCUGUAGAUACUCAUGAUUCUAAUUUAUGUACUGACAUUACUUUGACUCCAGUAUUUGCAAGACUGAUGCUCUAGUUGAAUCUACCGCAUCUUUAUCGUUUGUGUAUUCUUUUGUCGCAAACUGUUUAUUUAUUGUAAAAAUUCCCCUCUGGUAAUAGAUACUUAAAAAUUCUGUUAGAGAUUCGUGUCCAAGAGAAGAGGCCACUUUUUCUUACCCACCGCUUAGCGAUCUGUUUUGUAUUAAUUUCCAUGUUCUACCUUUAAUCACUGAAUAUCAAUUUAUUUUUUGUGAAUUGGCAUGUUUUGCCUAUAUCUGAAUCGGCAUCCUUUGAAAACUGAGUACUUAUCCAUGAAUCUCCUCAUGCCACCUUUACUGCAAUUUUUGAAAAAUAGAAAAUUGGAAUUUUCAUUUUUAUUACUUAUUAAUUUUUUGUUCAAUGAAUUUUCUUUAAUGAUAAAUGCUUAAUCCAAUACUUUACCGUUGUAAUUAUCAGUGUUAAGGAAUACUUAAAUUUUGAAACAGCACAGACUGUAAGAUUCUCACUCACUUCCUCUAACCAUUUGGUAAAGUAUAAAUGGACGUAUUUCUGUUAAAACAGAACUAAGCGCCAAAUUGAGUUCCUUUUGAGGAUUUUAGAAUCCCGAAUAGCAUGUUCUGUCAAACGGAACUAAGUGCGAUGGAACAGCAUCGCGAGUAUAGGACGGAACGAGCAUCGUGUUCCGCAACACCCGCCAAUCCAAGGCCCCCUCUCCUUUCUUCCCCCUAUGGCGCUUAGUUCCAUUUGAUAGAAAUACGUCCAAAUACUAAAAUAAAUUUUUUUGACUGAUCAGUUGACUGUGAUCCCUCAUCAACAGUUUUGGUUUCAGAACCAUUAGCAUGAAGAAGAGCAAUUGUUAUCAAAGGUGUGAUGCGCCCUUUUUCCCCCCUCUUAAUUUUUUGGGUUGUUCUUGGAAUCCUUAAGCGUAUUACAUUUAAAUUUGUAAAUUAUUUCAAAGGCAUUUAUGCAGUUUUGCUCAGUUCUCAUACUAAAACAAGAACCAGAGUCGUAGUUUUGAAAAAUGUUGCAUUUACCAUGCCUUUGUGGGCUCCCCUGAUUUAUCUAAUUACCUCUGCUGUAUUUUAAUGAAAGAACCAUGAAAGAAAAAAAUACAGUCACCCUCUAUGAUAAGCCUCUAGACAAGGUAUAGAUUAAAGUGCUAGAUACCCAACAUGUGUUUCCUUCAAAAUCUCACGAGAAAUACGAAUCAUACUAUGGGAAAUCUGAAAAUCCAUUCCCAAACAUGAUACAAGUGGUUACAAUCAACAUUGGUUAAAUGCCAAAAAUACAGAUCACAUCCAUAUGCUCUAACUUCCACUUGGUCCGUGUUAUAAAUACUUGUAAAUAUAUUGUUGAAAAUUUAAAGAGAAUUCAUAAGUUUUUCGCGAAUUACGGAGAAAGUUUGGAUAAAAGUGAAUCUAUGACUCUUCAGACAAAUAUAGUCAGACCCUGUUUCAGAUAAAUUUACCCUAUUCAUCUGCUUGUGUGCAUUGCAGUUGCGGUAUUUGUGCAAGUAGGUAAAAAGGGUAAACUUGCAUGAAACAAGGUCUACAAGUCUUGAAAAAAUUAAUGCAUUAAUUAUUCAAGUUACCUUUUUUGAAUAAUAUAUUCAGUGUUAAUGAGUCUUAGCACCCUGUGAAUCCUAAUAAUUCCAAAACAAACUGCGCCAAAAAAUAACAAACAAACAAAAAAAAAUGUUCAAUUUUUGUGAAAAACUCAUAAUAAUUCAUAUUUGAAAUCACUGAAGGGAUUUUUCGUUGUAUUCCCCAUAAAAGAGGGGAUAAACUAUCUUCGACUUUUCAAAUGAUGGAGGGGAUCAAACCACAUGGAUUUUUUUUUUCAAGUUAUACAGGUUUUUGUGUUAGAGAAGUUGAAUUAUCAAGAGGGACUGUAAUGAACCUUGCUCUUCUGAUGAUCAUUUUCUCCUAUUUGUGUACCCUUCUCCCUCAAUUUUCUUAUUCUUCCUCCUCUGGCUUCUCUUUUCGUUUCCUUUCCUCUGAAAGUUUUGUAAAGUUUCAAUGGUAAGAAAUGAUUUGUUAGUAAUUAUAAUUUUUACUCAGAAUAAUGUGAUAGUGGUGUGUAAUAUAUUUGUACACAGAUCUGAUA